CGCGCUCGGCUGGCCGCCCUGCGUCCGGCGUGCGUGACGCCCUGGCGCUCCCGGCGCCGUCGUCUCCGCGGCCGCAGCCAUGUCGACGGCCAUGAACUUCGGGACUAAGAGCUUCCAGCCGCGGCCGCCGGACAAGGGCAGCUUCCCGCUGGAUCACUUCGGUGAAUGUAGAGGCUUUAAAGAGAAGUUCAUGAAGUGUCUCCGAGACAAGAAUUUCGAGAACGCUCUGUGCAGGAAUGAGUCGAAGGAGUACCUGCAGUGCCGGAUGGAGAGGCAGCUUAUGGCACAAGAACCACUGGAAAAACUGGGAUUUGGAGAUUUGAUAAAAGGAAAAUCAGAAGCUCCCAAAAAAUCUUAACAGAGGGAAGACACUGGACUGGGGUUAGGGGACCGUGUGCGAUGGAGCAUGCUGCACGGCCCCGAACCGAGGUCCACAGUGGCCCUGAGCAGAGUUCCUGAGGGAUGGCGGCAGCGGAGGGCCCCGGAAAGGCUCGACAAGUCAAAGUGGUGGUUCCCUCCCACCCAGAUGUGUCUCAGAUCAGGGAAGUGGCUUCUCCUGUCAAACUCCCAGAAUUAUCCCCAGAAAUUAUUAUUCCUUUUAGAUUCUCCUUUUCUCUAAGAGGGUGACACAUUUCAUAGGGGGUUGGUGGCCAGAGGAAGGUAAGAACACUCCAGAAACAGUUCUCUUAGUAAGGAGGUGCUUUCAGCUCAGCAAAAAGGCGAUUGUGUACUUUAAUACUCUGAAUGUCUAUUAACUAAUGUGUUAAACUUCAAGUUUAACGCAUUUCACUCUGCUAUAUAGAUAGAUACCAGAAAAUAACUUCCCUGGCAAAAUGUUUUUUCUUUUCUGUAGUCAUAAAUAUACAUGCAAGCUUAUUUCCUUCUUUUACAAAAAAUAAGCACAAAAUAGGAAGUGAAAAGUAUUCUAGCUUUAUAAAAAUUUGACUUCUUGAAAUUCUCUGGCUGUGCUGAACACCUAGUAUGUUUCUAAUAAAAGGAUCAUUUUCUGGUU